AUGGCAACCAGUUUGUCGUUUGAGUUCGAAAUAAGGAGUGGGAACUGCGUCAUAGCUACGGAUGCCUUCCAUAGGGUUCCUUGUAGCAACGGGGCUAAAGCGAGCGUCUCCGGUGCUGCUGGCGGUGGUUGUGACACUGAUGAUGGCGAACGUCUUGCUGAACUGAGGAAUGUCCUCUCAGUGCAAAAACUCAAGUUUAUCGUGAACAAACUUUCCGUUCCCCGGGAGCAACCAUUGGGACUGAUCGAUUGCUCGGCGAAGAAAUCCAUUCGUAAGGAGCAGCGAAAGACUUCAUCCACUGUAUCACUACAAAUCAUACUUCAGCGAAGAGAGUUGACGUCUUGGCUUCGUCCUCCUUCCAACAUCAUAUUUCUUCCAGCCUUGACUCCACUGAUCGAGUUUGAGCAAACGCAUCUCAUUCUCAACCCCAAAGUCUGCUUCCCUCCCUGUGAGGAGUCAGUUAAGCUCUCGUAG